UUUGUCAUGGCUCGCACGAAGCAGACGGCCCGCAAGUCGACCGGCGGCAAGGCCCCGCGCAAGCAGCUGGCCACCAAGGCGGCCCGCAAGAGCGCGCCGGCCACCGGCGGCGUCAAGAAGCCGCACCGCUACCGGCCCGGCACGGUGGCCCUGCGCGAGAUCCGGCGCUACCAGAAGUCCACCGAGCUGCUGAUCCGCAAGCUGCCGUUCCAGCGGCUGGUGCGCGAGAUCGCGCAGGACUUCAAGACCGACCUGCGCUUCCAGAGCUCGGCCGUGAUGGCCCUGCAGGAGGCGUGCGAGGCCUACCUGGUGGGGCUCUUCGAGGACACCAACCUGUGCGCCAUCCACGCCAAGCGCGUCACCAUCAUGCCCAAGGACAUCCAGCUGGCGCGCCGCAUCCGCGGGGAGAGAGCAUAA